CAUUCCCCCAACACGAAAGAGAAAAAAAGAAGAAGAUCAUGGCGGCAUUGACGUUCGAAGACAUCAAAGCCAUCACCAUCCCGAGAUCAAAGCUAGCCAAGUGGUCGACCGAGCCCUUCUUCGACAAAAUCAUCGCAGGCUGCUUCGUUCGAUUAGGCAUGGGCCUGACUCGCUCCCGUCGUCCAACAUACAAGCUCUGCAUCGUCAGGAGCGUGGACGCCACAAGCCCAAAUCGACGCUACACGUUCGAGAACCGCAGAACAAGUAAAUGGCUCAACUGCGUGUGGGGCAGCGACGCCUCGGCAGCCAGGUGGCCCAUGUCCAUCGUUUCCAACGGUUCGACGCUCGAGGAGGAAUUCAACGAGUUGGUUCACGAGAUCAAGUGGACUGGAGGCACAUUGCCGAGCUUGAAGGAGCGCAACGAGAAGGUCGAGUUGAUUCUCAGGGUCGAGUGCUAUUCGAGGCCACCGAAGGCUGUACUCGAAGAAAUUGCAAAGAAGAAGAGAGAAAGGGCAGAGAGAUUGGUAGAGAUGAAUAAGAGAAACAGGAUUGAGAAUUUCAAGAUUGCGUCGGAGGCUAAGGCUGCUGAUGUUAGCUUGAAGGCUGGGGACGAAGGGUAUGAUCCCUUCUCGAGGAGGUGGACGAGGCCAACGAUCUUUUGCAAGUCGAAGUCGCAAGGGCAGAGGAAAGUUGAGACAGCAUCUGCGGCCUCAACUGCAAACAGCGUAUCAAGAUUUUAGUUUUCUACAAAAAAGAACGCAGCAAACUUUCAGUCGAUGUGUGUUUUUCUAAAUAUUGUUAAUUAACUUCUUAAUUUGCAUGGUUAAUCAAGCGUUU